CAAAACCAAGGAUUUAAAAAUAAAAAUACAUAUAUAUACAAACAUUCAAGCCUAGCUUGUUUUAUUGUUUCUUUAUAUAUAGAUAAAUAUUUAUAUUAUACCCAUUUGUCAUCAUCAUCAUCAUCAUCAUCAUUCUUUCAUAGCAUCCCAUCUAUUAUUAAAAUAAAACAAUGCCCAUGGAAACCAUCGAAGUAGUGACUGACAAAUAUGAUGCGAUGGUAGAAUCACCUUCUACACUAACCAAUUCAUCAUUACCCUUACCACCACCUCCUGUUGCUCAUAUGGUCACUGCGAAUCCUGCUCCUCUUGGUCUAUGCGCUUUUGCAUUGACUACAUUUGUUUUAUCACUUCAUCUUAUUGGUGCUGGUGUAUCUCUGGAAGGUCCUCAACAAAUCAUCAUCAGUAUUGCUUUAUUUUAUGGUGGAUUGUGUCAGUUAUUGACCGGCAUGUGGGAAUUCAAAACUGGGAAUACAUUUGGUGCUACUACAUUCACAAGCUAUGGGGCAUAUUGGGUGUCUUAUGGAUUCAUCUAUUUACCUAGUUCUCAAAUAAUCGAUGGGUAUGGUGGGCAAACGGAUGCUUUCAAUAAAUCACUUGGAUUGUAUAUGAUUGGUUGGUCCUUAUUCACAGCCUUGAUGUUAAUAGCAGCUCAUCGAUCAUGCGUUACUUUGGUGGCCCAAUUCUUUAUGUUAUUUUUGACUUAUGUGUUAACAGCAGCAUGUAAAUUCAAUGGAAGUACUUCUACAUCCGUGGCUAGUGGUGUAUGUGGUAUGAUCACUGCUUUGUUGGCUUUUUAUAAUGCUAUGGCUGGUAUGUUAACUCCUGACAAUUCUUUCUUUGUCUUACCCAUUGGACGUCUUCCUUAAUUAUUUAUGAUGAUCGUGAUCAUUUUUUUUUUUACUUUCUUCUAUUGUAUUUAUAUUUUAUUAUUAUUUCUUCAUCAUUCAUUUAUAUCCUUAUCAUUCAUUAAAAAAAAA